UCCGUUACAUUUUUCAACUGCUAAGUUCGUGGUAACUACGUGCUCCAGAACUUCAGUGUAAAUAAGUGAGUUUUAUGUUUUGUAGAACAUGGGCGGUAGCCGUUCAAGACGUGUGCUGGGGAGUAGAUCCUAUAAAAAUUAUUCGGCUCAAAUGUUAGACACCGCAGUGGAUCUGGUAAGCCGCAAAAUUAUUUCAUCUUUAGAGGCAUCAAAGCAAUUUCUAAUUCCCAGAAGAACAAUAGACAAUAAAGUGAAAAAGAAACACCCAAAAAAGCCAGGAGCUCAGCAACGACUUACUGCUGCCGAAGAACUAGACAUAAUAAAAGUACUCACCGCGGCAGCAGAUUUUGGGUCACCUGUAUCGAGAUUGGAACUUAUACUCAUCGUCCGCACAUACUUGAACAAAAAUAAUAAGGGGCAUUUGUUUAAACACAACCUUCCUGGAAAGUGGUGGGUUAAAAAUUUUUUGAACCGCCAUAAAGAAAUGCUAACAGAAAGAGCCGUGCAAAACAUUAAAAGAGUUCGCGCUUCUACUAAUACUGAUGACUUUGAAAAUUAUUUUGAAAAUUUACGUAAUUCUCUUGAUAAAAUACCGUCUAAAAACAUUUUAAAUUAUGAUGAGACUAAUCUCUCGGAUAAUCCUGGUUCAACGAAAUGUAUUUUUAAACGUAAAGUAAAAUAUCCGGAACGUAUAAUGAAUACUUCCAAAGGAAAUAUUUCUAUAAUGUUUGCUGCGACGGCGGAUGGUACUCUGUUACCUACAUAUACCGUUUAUAAGGCUGAGCAUUUAUGGACAACGUGGUGCGAAAAUGGGCCUGGCAAAGCGCGAUAUAACAGGAGUAAAUCUGGUUGGUUCGACUCGACAGUUUUCCAAGACUGGUUUAAUUCAGUUAUCAUACCAUGGGCAGACAAACUGGAUGGUCCAAAGUUGAUUAUAGGCGACAAUCUUUCAAGCCACCUUAAUAUUGAUAUAGUCAGUAAAUGUGAAGAACGGAACAUAAGAUUUACUUUUUUACCACCAAACUCAACUCAUAUAUCCCAGCCACUGGAUGUGGCAUUUUUUGGUCCCUUAAAAAGAAAAUGGCGCGAUAUUUUGACCCAAUAUAAAAUACAUAAUCCAGCAGAACCUCAAAUUAACAAAGCCCACUUCCCCAUGUUGUUAAAAUCUCUAUUAGAGGCUAUAGAAAUAAAUAGUAAAGCAAAUAUCUGCGCUGGAUUUAAGGCAACAGGCAUAGUGCCUUUUAAUCCCCAAACAAUAUUACGAAAGAUACCCGAUUAUGAAGAGCAAAACAAUUAUACAAUCGAUACCGCGCUCUUAGAUUAUUUGAAAGCCAAUCGUACAGCGAACCCUCUACAAAAAUUAAGAAACAAAAAAUUAAAUAUUACUCCAGGUAAGUCUAUUUCCUCUCAAGAAGUUCAGUUAUUCAUGACGAAAAAGAAAUCUAAGUUAUCUAGAGAAACAAAUCGAAGUAACAUUAACGAAGCUCAACAAACUUUUCUUGAUCUAGAAACGAAUCUUGAUGCAGAGCCAGUGAUCGAUGAGCCUAAUUCAAAAACCCGACCAAAGGUUACUAUUCUUUCAGAAGUCAGAUUUAGUCCAUAUAAUUGCGCCUAUGCAGAUUUGACAAAGAUGCUUCCACAGAAUCUUAAAAAGGUAGAUAAAAGCUACAACAUAUUCAAAUCUGAAAGUAAGGAGAAUCUGCCCGUAAUUCAACCUGAAGAAGAAUUUUUAGAGUACAUAGAUUACGAAAACCAAAUGCCAUCAACGUCUGCAGAUAAUAAAAGGUUGAUACUUAAAAAACCGGAGUCAUGUAAUGCAAAAAAGAAGAUAAAGAGAGACAAUAGUGACGACAAUAGCGAAAAUAGUGACAGUUAUUCCUUAAGAGAUACUUCUGAAGAUGAAUGUUUUAUACCAUCGGAAUCAGAGUCAUGUGAAGAUUUUGAAGAACAAAAUGUACAAAAUACAGUGAAAAAAUGUGAAACUCUUCGGAUUGAUAGUUACGUUUUAGUUAAAUUUUGUGGGCCAAAAACCAACAAAUACUAUGUUGGAAAAGUAUUGGAUAUUAUUGAUGAUUCUGGUAUGUAUGUUAAAUUUAUGAGGAACAGAAAGGAAGAAUUUUAUUGGCCACAUAUCGAUGACAUUAGUUAUACAGUAAAAAGUGACAUCGAAAUUAUCCUAGGAAUCCCUCACGAGGGUCGAAGAGGUACUUUAAGAUUUGACUGUAUCGACUUUUCAAAGUAUAAUGUUCAAUAAUAUGGUUAUGUGCCCAUCGGUAUGUCAUUUAUGAUGAUUCCUAAAUGAUUGAUGAAUGGUGAAUGAUUUUAUAAUUAGGUACAUUAAGUAUUUUCAUAUUUAAUGAUAACUUAAAAAAAUUUAACCCCAAAUUUUGUCUUAUGCUUGAUUAUGUUUCUUGUUACAACUGAUUAACAAAGUCUUUGCUUUAUCUUGAA